AUGGCGACGAAUCCCGCCCCUGCCACCGACACCCCAACAUCCUACACCGACCCUACCUUCUCCCUCGUCAACACCUCGUGCCUGGACCUGCUGCUAAUCGAGCUCGUCCCCAUGGCGUACCGCAUCACCGCCGACCUCGCCGCGCGCGAAGAAGAAUGGACCCGCGGCGCCACAAAGACAAACCGGCUCUCAGGCACAAGCAACGACGGCACGAGCGGCGGGCCCGUGGGCACCGUGGACGAAGAGGAAGCGCGGGAAGCGGUGUUCCAUCGAUUAGAAGGAUUGGGGUAUAGGGUUGGCUUGGGGGUUGUUGAGCGAUUCUCCCGCGACGCCCCCCGCCCCACCACCCCGCUCGACAUUAUCAAAUUCCUCUGCAAAGACCUCUGGACCCUGCUCUUCAAAAAACAAAUCGACAACCUCAAGACAAAUCAUCGCGGCAUCUACGUCCUGACGGAUAAUACCUUCAAGCCGCUGGGGCGCAUGAGCUUCGAUACAAAGAAAUACGACGCCGCGCUGCAGGCGAAUCUGGUGGCAACGACGGGCGAUGUCGCGCUGGGUCGGGAUGCGAAUAGUCAGGCGAGGGUCCAGCCGUUUUUGUAUUUCCCCGCGGGCGUGAUUAGGGGGUGUCUUGCGAGUUUGGGGAUUACGGCGACGGUUACGGCGGAUUGUGCGGCGUUGCCUACGGCGACGUUUCAGAUACGGACGGCGGGGGCGAAGAAUUGA